CACACACACACACAGACGGACAGAGUGAAGAGAGGGGAAAAAAGGACAAAUCUUUUCUUUACGUUUUUCAUUCGUACAAACAAACGAUGGGAUGUGGAAACUCUUCACCGUCGCCCACGGACGUGUCGGCGAACAUGAGCAGCACGGGUCGCAACGAGGUGUCAACCAAGGAGACAAAUGAGUCGUCCAACGACGACGACAAACCAAACUAUGGUGGUGUGUAUGUGGGUUUAUCUACAGCUGAGCAGAGCAACUCUGCUAACGUACAAAUAGGAUCGUUAAGAGAGAGCAACAGAGACACUACGUCCCUCAUGAAACCACUGUGGGGGGACGGACUCAAGAUUUAAUGAAGAGCCAGUGUAAAGUGAUGGAGUUGCAGACGCAGCAGGAGACGGCAGUUCGAUCCCCGCAGGUGUCCAUCACACGCUGCCGUGACGAGUCUCAGCGGAGCGUCCUCUCGUGUGGAGGUUAAGUGACUCGUCGCGGGCUCCGUGAAAAAAACGUCCCAGACUUUAAUGAGAGUGGAUCACAUGGAUCUGGACUGACAGACCUGGCACCGGUUUCAUCGAUCCACUCCUCCUUUUUAAUCCCACCGUGCAGCCGGUCAUCUCAACCCCCUUCGGCAGAUGUCGUGAUGCUGAUCCCGUCGUGAUGCUGAUCCCGUCGUGAUGCUGAUCACGUCGUGUUAGAAGACGAUGCGUCUAGCUGUGGAUGAUUUUAGACAAAACGCGGAACAUGAGUCACGUUCAAAACAAACAACGGAGACGCUCAGGAAAACUGCGAUGGAAAUUUUUCACUCCAGGACGAAAUAGAAAUCAGAUUAACGUAACGUUAAUGAUGAAAAGUUGCAUUUUCUUCUAUUGUUUUCUCAUUGUAAGAAAAGUUAAAAAUUAUAACUUUAUAUUAAAGCUGUUUGUUUCA